AUGUCGAAAGUCACCAUGAAGACAUCCGCCAUUCUCUCCCUCCUCCCAACCCUCGCCUCCGCCCUCGUCGGCAUUGAAUGGAGCAUCACAGGCGCCCCAUCGACCGGCGUCACGGACAUCACCUUCCCGAUCUCCAUCGCCAACGCGCCUCACGAGACUGGCUUCUACUUCGCGCAGCAAUACGGCUUCCACGGCCUCUCAGACAUCGGAUACACUGGACUCCAACCCCGUCCGGACAGCACCGGCGGCACUAGCAUCAUCCACGCCGUCUUCUCCAGCUUCGUACCCGGAUCUACCAGCUCCGACGACAACUGCAGCGAUGGCGCAGACGGCGGCGAAGGUGUGAGCUGUAGCAUUGAGAUCCCUGCCCCCUAUGAUCGUACUUACCACUUGGUGGUUGAGAAUAAGCAGGGGACUACGACCUGGACCGGGAAAUUGUUGGAUACCCAGGAUGGGAACUCUACGCAUAUCGGCUCGUAUACGUUGCCUGAGGGCGCUGGUGGAAUCACGGACUCGCAGGUCGGGUUUGUGGAGUAUUAUCCCUGGAACGCACAACCCAGUCAUACGUGUGACUCGUUGCCCGCGACGAAUGCGACCUUCCGGGACCCUUUCUCUUCUGUUGAGGGAGUUGAAGGAUCCGUGGGAAAGCCGUAUGAGUAUGGGGACUGUGUGGGCAAGGCUAACUUUGAUGUUCAGGAGAUAGCGGAGGGAUAUGAGGUUUCUGUUGGCUUCUAG